AUGUUCUCUCAGAAAAAGCCUUACACGGCAGUCACCGUUACCAUCGAGCGCCUGACAAGCGAGGCGAUCCCUGAGAAUGACUACAGUGGAAUCCCGGACCUUGUAGAGGUUGUCAACCUCCAAGAUACAGGUCCUGCUGAGGCUGCGCGCGCAAUCAGAAAAAAGCUCAAGUAUGGUAACCUCCAUCGUCAGCUCCGCGCCUUGACUCUCCUCGAUGGCCUGAUCCAAAACGCGGGCCCUCGAUUCCAGAGGACGUUUGCCGAUGAAGCACUGCUUGAGCGGUUGCGAUUCUGCGCGACAGCGGCGCUCUCGGAUCCGGAGGUGAAGAAGAAAUGCUCAGAACUCUUCCGAGGCUGGGCAGCCGAGUACAAGAACACACGUGGAAUGGAGCGGAUUGCGAGCCUUUACCAGGAACUCCCCCGCCGGAAGCAAGCCGUGACCCAAGAGAGAUCCAGAGUGAUCAAGGAGACGGACAAUCCCUUCGGCGAUGACGACGAAGAGGACAAGCCCAGCCCAGCAGGUCCUUCAAAAGCGCAUUCCAGGAACUCAUCACUUAACCCUCCUGUAACUGGGGUGAUCCAGUCAUUUAGCUAUGACGCCAAAGAGAAGAAGAAGAAGGAAAAGAAACAAAAGAAGCAUAAGCCUUUCAAUAUCGAAACCGAAAAGGAGCAGAUGAAGGCCCACAUUGCCGAAGCCUCGAUUUCCGCGACCAACUUGAUGAAUACACUGAAAACCAUCAACAGAGAGAAGGAGCGUAUCUCUGAAAACCAGAUCGCGGUGCAGCACUUCGAGAUGUGCAAGCAGCUUCGGAGGAAGAUCCUGCGAUAUAUCCACCUAGUCGAUUCUGAGCAAUGGCUUGGAAGCUUGCUGCAUGCGAACGACGAGCUUGUCGCCGCCCUGAUGACUUUUGAGCAGCUGGACCGCUCAAUCGACGCAGAUAGCGACUCGGAUGAUGAGCUCGCUGAACAAGCUCACCUCUAUCGCAUGAUGACCGAAAAAGCCAAGGGAAAGGAACCGAGCUCCCCCAGCAGCCCCAAAUCCCCUGUCUCAGGGAUGGCUGGCCUCAGCAUCAGCUCGCCGCAAUCGCCGCGUCCGGCGCCUCCACCUCGACCCUCCGCUGCCACAAAGCCCUCCAUGCUAUCUCCCCGUUCAGCGCCACUGGCACCAGCUUCUGACGAUGAAGAGGACGAAGAAGAUGAAGAGAACCCGUUCGCCGACCGCAACGCUCUUCUUAAGGGGGAGUAGCGAGAAUGCAGGCGGCGAUCGAAGCCGGAAACCCAAGAGCCUCCCAAUCGAGUUGAAUGUUACCUCGCCCCCGGUGGAUGAUCGGAAGCCAGAUUUUGGAGUC